GACCACCGCGCCGCGAGCACGCCUUGUGAUGCGCUCCGCGUUUUGACGCGACAUGGCCUCGUCAACGACCGGCAACAUCGUCAUAGAGUGGUUGCGAUCGCUCCACUUGGGCCAAUACGCGGAAAGUUUUAUAGACAAUGGUUAUGAUGACUUAGAAAUAUGCAAACAAGUUGGGGAACCCGAUCUGGAUGCAAUCGGCGUUCUCAACCCUGCACAUCGUCAACGUUUAUUGCAUUCUAUCAGAAGUUUGAGAGAAGAAGGUGCAGCAGCUGUUUACUACACUUUGGAAGAAGCAUCUGCUGCUAGAGACUCUUGUCGCUGUGAAGAAGAAGCCAGAAAAGAACAAGCUGCAGCAAUAAUAGAGUCUGCGAAGUAUGUGGAUGAGUACGAAGAAGGCAAGGCUGAGUUAGUGAAAAUUCCACGUAUACAGCUGAAGCGUCUUCUUCGAGAACGACUUGCUCAAGAUGGGAUCCGCUUGAGCCUCCAGCCAUAUUCAACCACGGUCAGUGUUUUGUUAGCCCCACUAAGCGGGCAGUGCUUCUCGCGGUAA